AUGAAGUUCGGCCGCAAUUUGUCGCAAUUCACCGUUCCCGAGUGGAGCGGUUCAUACAUCAAGUACAAGUCCCUGAAGCAGCUGAUCAAGGCCGCCGCCGAGCAAAUCAAGGCGGGACAGGAGGCGGAUCUGGCUGGCUUCUUCUAUUCUCUCGACCGAAAUGUUGAAGAUGUCGAUUACUUUUACAACAAGAAAUAUGCCGAGUUCGCCCGCCGGUUAAAACUCCUCGAGGAGCGAUAUGGAUAUUCCAUGGAAGGUCGCCACCCGCUGGAACCCGAGGACCGCCACGACCUCCGCGAGGCCCUGCUAGAUCUGCGGUACCACUUCCGCCGGUUACAAUGGUACGGCGAGGUCAACCGCCGGGGGUUCAUCAAAAUCACCAAGAAGUUGGACAAGAAAGUUGGCGCGCAGGCUCAAAAACGGUACUUGGAGACCAAGGUUGAUCCUGCUCCCUUUGCCUCCAAUGCGCGGGUGUUCCAAUCCCAGGAUCGAAUCAAUGCCUGGAUGGCCAUUAUUACCGACCAGUCCAAGGCCGACGAUAAGAUUGCCGACGACGCCAGCUCAACGCAUUCUUCCCUGUCACUGAAGCGGGGUGCCACUCGCCCUUAUCUCAAUUUGCCCACUAGCGUGGUGACCGCGGUCGAUGAUUCGCUGCGCAAUGACGAUACUCACGUCUUACUGGAAUUGCUCGAGACGCUGCAAGUCACCGCGGAUGAGGCCGGCGACACGGUUUAUCCCAGGGUCCUCCGGACUUUGAUUCAGCGCUCCAUUCUCCAUCGCUCCCGGGCUGUGCUGGCUCUCCUAUUGAAACGAGUUGAUACACUGGAGGAGCAUGAUGAUAUCAACAAGCGCAAUUGCCUUCACCGUCUGGUCAUCUCCAUUGGCCGUGAUCAGCCCACAAGCGAUUCCGAACCUGCAGCUUCCAUGGUCCUCAACUUCCCACCGGAAACUACCCGCUACAUUACUCCCGCUGCGCCGCCGACUCUCCAGCCUCCCCGAGCUAUCGUCAAGGAGGAACACAUGUCCCAGCGGCUGGGACGGGAUGAUCCGGCCGUGUCUCUACUCUCCUUCUUGCUGGACUCGCUGCGCCCUGACCAGCGUGAGUCCUUAAUGGAGAAGGAUAAUGCCGGGCGGACCCCCUUGCACUACGCUGCUCAGUACGGGUUCAAGGCCGUGUGUGAGGUGAUCAUUGAGCACCUCUCAGAAUGGGGCAUGUUUGAAGUCAGCGACGGCAUCGAUGGCCCUCUGUGGCAAGAUGACGAUGGCUGGGCUCCGCUCCAUUUGAGUGUUGUGGGUGGCCACCCGGAAACCACUCGCUGCCUCCUGGAUGCGGAGAACCGGAAUGACAGCUCCCAAGAAAUUGGCAAGAUUCGAAAGCAAAUCUCCAAAUCUAGUGCUGUCUUGGCGCUAGCGACCAAGGCCAACUUCAUCGAUAUUGUCCGGCUCCUCGUGGAUGCUGGGGUGGACAUCAAUUACCAGGAUGAGCAGGGAGAGACUGCGCUUCACGUUGCUGCCCGCUUUAGUCAUGAUGAGUGUGCACAGAUUCUGCUUGACGGCACUCGUCAUCAAAAGGCGGAUACCGAGUUGGCUGAAAACACCUACGGCUGGACCCCGCUCUUUAUUGCCUGCGUGGACGGAGCUUUGGAAGUAGCCAAGCAGCUGGUUGCCGCCGGUGCGGAUAUCGAGCGCUUUGAUUCCUCGGGCUGGACAGCCAAGGAGCACGCCGCUCUGCGUGGUCACCUUGACAUCGCCCGGUGUCUGGCAGAAGUGAGCCCUGGUCCUCCUGCCAAUGAGCUUGAGUUCUCGAUCCCUACUCCUAAUAUGUCCACCCCCAACGUAUCUACUCCGAACCUUACUGGUUCCGACUCCUCUUCGCCGCCUGCUCAAUCGUCUCUCCUCGAUCGCCGAUCAAAUGCGCCUGGUCCCACCUCUGGGGGCCCUGGUAUUCGCAGUACUGAACCUAUCAAGACAUUUGGACAUCGGUAUCUCACCAACGAGACCAUGAUUCUGGUAAGUCUCGGAACCAUGGACAUGCGCAAGCCUCUUGAGACGGUCAGCCUUGAUCGCAUCCCGAUGGAAAACGCACAUGCCACUCAAUUGGACACAUCUCUGUCGAUGGUGGUCACAGCCAGCGGUGCGCACGGUGAGCCUGAGGUCAUUGAUCUACCUGUGCAAGACAACAUUUCCACCGAGCCUAUUGUAUUCCACACCAGCGAUCCCAGCAAGGUGCGUCUGCUUUUCGAUCUUGUUCCCACUUAUGCUGGAUCGAAGGAGAAGGUGGUUGGUCGUGGUGUGGCGUUGCUUUCCAGUAUCAAGCCCACAAUCGGAUCCCAUCGAAUCAACCUCAAGGGUGAUUCCACUGUCCCAAUUGUUGCUGCGAACACUUUGGAGGUCAUUGGGUCCGUGACGUUCAACUUCCUUGUCAUCACCCCUUUCAAGCACCCGAAAAUGUCGAUCGCGGGAAACCAGACUUACUGGCGCUCAAUGAGCUCCACGAUGGUCAUUGGUCACCGUGGACUCGGCAAGAACAUGGCUAGCCGUAACUCUCUCCAGCUGGGCGAGAACACCAUUCAGUCCUUCAUCGCCGCGGCCAAUCUAGGCGCUUCCUAUGUGGAAUUCGAUGUUCAGCUCACGAAAGACCACGUUCCCGUCAUCUACCACGAUUUCCUCGUCAGCGAGACAGGUAUUGAUGCCCCCGUCCACACAAUGACACUCGAUCAAUUCCUUGAGCUUGGCAUGGGACGCAACAACCAGGCCGGACAGCCAAAGGCCAACGGCGAGGCACCAGAGCUCGGCCCUCGCCAGCGUUCUAUGUCAGUCGGUGGCUCGGAGUACAACCCCGUCGAUCUGAACGAGAAGAUCAAGCACACUCGCGACUUCAAGAAGAAAGGAUUCAAGGGUAACACGCGCGGAGAGCACAUCCAGGCCCCAUUCGCCACAUUGGAGGAGCUCUUCAAGAAGAUUCCUGAACCUGUCGGUUUCAACAUUGAACUUAAAUACCCCAUGCUCCACGAGAGCGAGGAGGAAGAGAUGGACACAUAUGCCGUCGAACUCAACUCAUUCGUCGAUACCAUCUUGAAGAUGGUCUACGACUUGGGCAGUGGUCGCGACAUGUUGUUCUCGAGCUUCAAUCCCGAUGUCUGUCUGCUGCUAUCCUUCAAGCAGCCCUCCAUCCCCGUCCUCUUCCUUACCGACGCCGGUGCAUCUCCUGUCGGUGAUAUCCGUGCCAGCAGCUUGCAAGAAGCCAUCCGAUUCGCGUCGCGAUGGAAUCUCCUCGGAAUCGUCACCCAGGCCGAACCACUGGUUCUCUGCCCCCGACUAGUCCGCAUCGUCAAGGAGUCUGGUCUCGUCUGUGUUUCUUACGGAGCAAUGAACAAUGACAGCGAGCAUGUCGAUUACCAAGUCGCAGAAGGCAUCGAUGCCGUGAUCGUCGAUUCCGUGCUGGGAAUCACGAACGGCCUUAUCCAACGACAGAACAAGGGCCUCACACCAGGCCCCUCACCUAAUCCCUCUGCUAUCAGCGACCAGGUCGCUGAUUCCAGCAAGGGUGCCAUCCGAGUCCCGGUUCUCGAGCAGGUGAAACAAAACAACAUCUAA